CAGUCAUCAAUCAAACCGUUUGAAUUAUUCAGAUUAAAUUUUAAGAUCAUCAAGUUAGCACAGUUUGAAUUUUAAUCUUUUCUAAUAACCUUUCUAAUCUAUGGCAGUUAGUAAAAGAAUUUGAAACGUUGUAUCAUGCCAUUUAUAUUCCCCUUUUCGGCAAUUUUAAAAGAAUAAUAUAUAAUUUUCUUUAAAAAAAUACCGUGUUUUAGAGUUCUUCGAUUGUUUUUAGUAGCUAAAACACGAUGGGUGUUUAUUCAAAUAUUUUUGUGGUGAUCUGUUUGAUAGUGAGUGUAAAUUUGAGCUCUGGAUUAUAUUCGGAUGAUACAGAUUUUGAUGGAUAUGAAUACAUGAAUCUUAGUGCCGACCCUUGUGAGGAUUUUUAUGAAUACACUUGUGGUAACUUUAAAAAUCUGUAUCCUUUAAAGGAUAACGAGAUGCUGAUAGACGAAUUCAGUAUUUUGGAAGACUCGCUGACUGAUAUCGUACAGGAAAUCUUAAGUUCCCAGGAACUAAUAGAAGACCCGUUUUCACUAAAAAAGGCUAAAGCAGCUUAUACAGCCUGUAUGCAAGAGAAUUUUAUGGACAACCAGUACAUGAAAUCCCCAGAAAUCGAAAUAGUCAAAAAAUAUGGGGGUUUUCCUAUAGUUGAGGAAUCUACUGAUGGUACCGUUGAGGGAACGUUAUUUGGAUGGAACGAUAUAGCUGAUAUUGCGGCAGAAUUUGGAGUUAAUAUUUUCUUUUCUGUUUCAUCGUACUAUGAUAGUUUUAAUGCCUCUGCCACUGUCUUGAUGAUUACUAGUGAUAGUACUACAGUUCCUAAGCAAUUCCGUCCCAAGCAUCAGGAAUCGUACGAUGAGGCGAUCGAAGAGAGUUUUUACGAUUUCGCAACGAAAUCCACCAAGCUUAAAUCGGGAAAUCUUGCAGCUACCGACGACGCUUUCGAGUUGUUUUUGAAAAAACUGGUCACAAAAAUAAACCGUGAUCUUGGAACCUGGAAAUCGGACGAAUAUAUCACUGAGCAAGUGUCUCUGAUCAGCUCUUUCAUGCACGGCAUCUACAGUGGAGGGUAUGUGCCUGAUGGUGUUAAUCCAGGAUCCCUUGAAGGUACCGUUACACUGGAAACACUGAAUAACUGGACGGUUGAACAGUUUGGCAACACGAUUCAGAUAGAUUGGGUGGAGUACAUAAAAAGAGUUUUUAAAUAUACCUAUGCAGAAAUUGACAAAAACACACCGGUCAUUGUAACAGGGUCUUUUACGAAGACCCUGUAUGGCAUAUUGAACUGGGUGAACAUGACAGACAGUAAAAUAGUAAAGAGUACCGCUUUACUUAAAGUGUUUGUUUAUAUGGCAUCCGAUAGUGACAAAGAAACUCGAACUGAUUUUGAAACAUAUCUGGAGGAUACAGGAAAAACUGUAUACCCUAGAUGGCAAUAUUGCUCGAGGAAACUCAUGGAUAUUACUGAAACUUUAUCCCUGAGUUUGGCAGUGGUUUACGAAUAUCAGUUGAGGUACUUCAACAAAACUAAAUUUGAUGUUGCUAGAGAUUUAAUUGAAGACCUUCAAACGACCUUUAAAGAAGUGAUAAACGAAACAGACUGGAUGGACGAAACAUCCAAAGAAGCCGCUUUGAGAAAAGUUCAUAACAUUAUAACUCUUCUAGGAUAUCCAAGAUUUACUUCAAAUUCAUUUCUUCUGGACCAGUUUUACGAAAAUCUGCCUAUCUGCAAGUGGGAUCACUAUGGAAACUCAAAAAUUUUGCGAGCGUUCAAGCAAGCUUACGUGUUGAACAUGUUCUCUAAAAGGGAUAGAGCAGCUUGGGACAAAUCACCAUUUAUAACUAACGCAUAUUAUAACCGCCAAAAUAAUAAGAUAAUUUUCCCAGUUGCGAUGCUGAAUUCAAUAUUCUUUAGUGGAUCCAUCAGCCUUCUAGAUUAUAGUAGAAUUGGCAUGAUAGUGGCUCACGAAAUUACACAUGGUUUCGAUAAUGUUGGUUACUUGUACAAUGAGGAUUGCCUGAUCCAACCCUGGUGGACAACACAGACACAAAUCAAUUUUAAAAACAAAACACUAUGUUUUGUUGAUCAAUAUUCCAAGUAUAUUGUCCCAGAGUUAAAUGCCACAAUGGACAGCAGUAACAGUUUGAAUGAAAAUCUUGCAGACAAUGGAGGUACAAGAACAGCCUUGAAGGCACUCAAAAAAGAAACUGGCCAAAACGAAGAACUCAGAAACUCAGUUCAAAUCAGAGCAGUUUACUACGGAUCAGAUGUUUUUAUUGGGUUUGGAACGAUGUGGUGUAACAACGAAUCAUUAGAAUACACUGAAUCUACUGGAAACAAACUUGCGAUACUAGCAGCAGUUGUCAUCAAGAGCAAAGAUCCGUGUUAAUGGAGUUGUAUCUAACAUGGAGGACUUUGCUGAAGCUUUCAGCUGUCCAUUGGACAGUCCAAUGAACCCUUCAACCAAAUGCAAAUUGUGGUAAAAAGAAUUAAACACCUAUACGUGUAUUUAUUGUACAUCUAACAGUGUAUUUACUUUUGGUGUCUAUUUAAGAAACGAUAAUCGUGUAAAUGCUAUAUAAACUUUAAUAAAAAGUA